UGCCGACGUGUUUUCUUUCUUAAACUUGUUUGGUGGUUUUUCUCUGCUGUGUACAGCUUAUAGCUUUCACUUUCUCCUUUUUCACUUUGAAAGCAAAAUUCAAGUCUCUUCUUCUUCAAACUUCAAACUUCAAAAUAAUGGCGUUUUUCCGCUUCUCUCUUGUUUUCUUCAUUUCUUCAAUUCUCUUAUUCAAUCACUCAGUUAAAUGCGACAAUGAUGAGGAAGAUGUUCUUUUUCAGGGAGUCAAUGAAUACCGCGCAUCAUUAAACUUGACAACUCUAACAAAGAAUGAGAAUGCUAAUUGUUUGGCGGAACAAAUAGCUGACCAGUUCAAGAAUCAACCUUGUACAAAUACCACAGGUGCUAACACAGUACCAGGUACUGAGCCUCAGUUUGCCAACUAUCCAGAACUUUUAACUAAAUGCCACUUAAAUAUUUCCAACACAAGGGAUGGAUCGAUAAUGCCUGCUUGUGUUCCUGGCCUUGUUCCGGGCAUUGUCCUCACUAAUUUCACGAAAUCUCUCUACUCCCAAAAUCUCAAUGACACGAAGUUUACUGGAAUUGGGAUUGGUUCAGAAGAUAAUUGGAUCGUUGUUGUACUGACCACAACCACUUCUGAUGGAAGCUUUCUUCCUGAUACUAGUGGUGCCAAUUUUAUUUCCACAAUUGGAUUGGUUUACUGCUUAAUGCUCUUGUUAGUUGGUAACAUUAUCAUGUUCUGAGCAAGAGCAUGCUGUUCGCUGUUUUCAGUGAAGCAUAAAGGGUUGGUAGAACAAUUGUUUCUUCAAUAUUUUUAAGUGUCUGUAAAAUGCCAGAGUAGGACUAUAGGAGGAAUUAAAGUGUUCUUUAAUCAGGUUGACUUAUUGUUGUGACUAUAACAAUAAAAUCCUUUUGUUUGAAAGCUUUAAAUUUUCUAAACCGGAACAGAAGGCAAUAAUAUGUUCCAUUGGUGGCAA